GUCGCGCGUCCGUCCGAGUCGCGCGUCGCGUCCCAAUAGCAUGUCUUCCAAAUAUUGAACAAAGAUCUUGGUGUUCUCUUCCACGGCCUAAGUUGGCCACGAACGUUGAUAUUAUGAUAAAUCACCAACAAGCGGGUCUGUUGUGCGCGAGGUUUGUGAACAACAACAGAACACGCGCAUUCUAUCGAUUGCGCAUGUGCAGAGCCGAAGCAUUUUAUGCUGACGUUGCAAAAGCUUCCCUGUGGCUGUCAGUAUAAAAUGCUCGGGUGUCUCUUUGGAGAAGAAGACGAGGACCUGGGCGGAUCACGUGGGGACCAGGGCGCGGGAAACUCGCGGGGAAACCUCAAGGCUCCCCCGGCACCUCGCAACAAGACUCGUCUGAGCGGGCUGAGCAACUUGGGAGCCACUUGCUACCUCAACUCCCUCUUGCAGACCCUCCACUUCACGCCAGAGUUCAGAGAGUCUCUGUUUCAAAUUGGAGUGGAAGAGUUAGGAGAGCACAGUGAAGACGAAAGAGCAGACAAUUCUCAGGUGCGUGUGAUUCCAGUUCAACUGCAGAUCCUCUUUGCUCGACUUUUGCUGCUGAAUCAGCAGAGCUGUGGGGUGGAUGGGCUCAUCAGCAGUUUUGGGUGGACCAACAAUGAGGAGUUGCAGCAACAUGACGUCCAGGAACUGAACAGGAUUCUGUUUGCUGCCAUUGAGUCGUCGCUAGUAGGAACCAGAGGAGAGCAUCUGAUUGGUCGACUCUACCGCGGGACCUUCACUCAACAGAUUGUGUGUCAGUCUUGUGGCCAUGUCAGCGAGCGAGAAGAGGAGUUUCUGGAUAUACCGGUGGCACUGACAGGUCGAGCCGGUCUCCAACAGGCUCUGAGGGAGAUGUUCAACGAAACGGAGCUGUUGGAAGGAGACAAUAGAUACCACUGUGGUCUGUGUGACCGUCUGGUAGACGCUAGACGAGAAUGUCGUCUGAGGAAACUUCCCCCAGUACUGACCUUUGCACUCUUGCGUUUCCUGUACGAUUUCAAGAGGGGAGAGAGAUACAAAGAUACGAGUCAAUUUAAAUUUCCACUGGAACUGGACAUGACACCUUACGGCUGCUGUAGUCAUGGCAACAAAACGGGAGAAGAGGGUGAAAGAGGAGGGGGAGAGAAGAUAUCGUACGAGCUCUAUUCUGUUGUCAUACACGGUGGCAGUACCCACUCUGGCCACUAUACUGCCUACAUUAGAGACUUCGACAACUUGGGCUCAUGGACACACCCAGACGAGGACCCGGUACAGCUGCCCACUGAUGAAAAGACUGGGAGAGUCGACUACAUAGAGUUCGACACUCCCACAGAGCUGCUGGUGACCUUGCUGAGGAGUUUGGGUGGCUCAGUCUCUGUGGACAAGUUGUGUAAGUCUUCUGGAGAACGAGACCUGAGAGACUUGUGGGACACCACUAGAGACCUAAUAUGCAGGAGAAGACUGGCGUGACGUGGAACAAGAGGUUCAAGAAACAGUUUGGCUCCAUUCACCAGUUUCUACGGAGUUGUCCCGAUUUCUUUGUCGUCGACGACACGAAGCGAGUGUCUCUCAAGAUGACCACGCCCACAGACACGCCCCCUAGUCCCAUGGAAACCACAGCACCUGCGGGUGAUGUCAGAGUUGAACCAAUGGAGACUGCUGAACCAGUCGCAGACUCCUCACCUGCUCCUCCUGCCAACACCUUUUGCCAAGACCCCAGACAAGACGUCGCUCCACAUGGAGACAAAGAAACAGCAACUGCGUCUGGUACCGUUGAAGAUCUAUCGACAGAUGUUAGUAUGGAGUCUACUGCAUCUGAGGGUCACGGAUUAUCACGCAUCGAGGCCCAGGAACAGGUGCCUAGUUCGUCACGUGACUCUGGUGGUAGGUCAGGUGAUCAGUCACGUGACGUUGGUGUGGUCAGUAAGGAUUUCGUUGUUGCUAUGGAGACAGAGGGGUCAAAGUCCAAGCCGAUGACGUCAAAGUGGAAAGACCUCCUCCUCCGGGGGAAAGAUGGUUCCAUUUCAACGACGUCCAGGUGUCGCCAGCCGUCGUGCGAUCCCUGGAAAAGGUGUACCAGGGUAAGGAGAGCGCCUACAUGCUCUUCUAUAGGAGGAAGAGAAGCCAGCUGCCAACACAAGGAGAAGGGAGAGACGUUGUAGGUUCUGUUCCUGAGUGGCUGCAGAGUAAGAUUGCUGGCGAGAAUGAAAAAUUAGAGGAAGAAAAGGCUGCAUACGACAUUGCAGUGAACACAAUUGAACUGAACGUCCAUCUAUCGUCUUCCUAUACUUUCAGAAAUGGAGCUCUACACCAUAAAGAGGAUCCCCUAGUGACGGAUGCCAUGGUAACCGCGGUGAGCAUCGACCGCAGAAAAACAGUAUCUGAUCUCGAGACCACACUGGAAGAGGUGAUCCCGGAUCAGGUGAGAGGUCAUGUGAUCAGCGUUGCUAGGAGACUACCAGCUGGAAUGCACAUUUACGACAACAUCUCCUGGUCAAAGCACAAGACUCUACGAGACCUACAGGUUCUGGACGGGUCAAACCUGUUUGUCUGGGACGGAGAACAAGUUGGGGGAGUGGGGAUCCGGACUGGGACAGCGUGCGAGCCUGUUCUGCUGAGAGUGACGUACCAUUCCUGUGAGGAGAGUGGGGGUGUGGAGGAGGGGGAGGAGGAGGAGAUGGAGAUUGGGAGACCAAAAGAUUCAACGCUUGGAGAGCUGAGAGUUUUGCUGGCCUCUAAACUGGACGUACCGGUUCAGCAGGUUAUGAUCAGUCAAGUCAAGGUGUCCGAGCGGAGCAAGGCUUCGCGCGUUGUUGUUCUCCACUGUAGUAAGGAUAAGCUGACACUGGAGCAGCUAAAGUUAUGCGACGGAGACAAGCUAGCUGCUGAGGCCUCGACUAAGAAAGGAAUAAAGACAUUGGCUCAUUCGGUGGCCGACAGGCAAAACAAUCUUCUGUCAGUAAUAGUCGAAGACCGGUGCUCGCCUCAUCUGUCAGACUCAACCAGUUAUCCAGUCCAUGCUAUGGAAGUAGUAAGAGACUCUCUGAUCUCUACUUUCAAAUCAGCCAUCUUGUUACAACUUCAACUCUCCAACAUUGAAGGAGGCGGUCGACUCAGACUGGACGAUGAGUGUCCGGGACCUCCACUGCACGAGGAACAGACUCUGGACCAGGUGGGCGUGGUCCAGGGACAUUGCAUCAUCCUGGAACCUGGACCACCGCCAACACCCUCCCAGCUAGUACUCCGCUGCAGGCUGUCGUCGGGGACCAAGGAAUGGGAGGUGACUGUCGACGAAGGAGCUACAGUGGCUGAGUGCUGUCAACUCGUGGUCCUGUCUGCUGGACUACAAGGGAACCAGUGGCACCUGCGAAGAACUAACUGGUGUGGGGAGGCCACCGAAGUACUAGACGAUGAGACCUCAGUAUUGAGUAAAGAGAACCUGAAAUCUGGCGAUUUGCUGCUAAUCGAAGAAGGAAAACUGCCUCCUAAGAACUUCGUAAGACUGGCUGUAUCUCUCUUCACUCCCUCCUACCCCACCUGUACCCCUGCCUACCUCACUGACCCAGAUCUCACUUCCGGUCUCCUCUCUUGGGUCAUGGACUCCGCCACUGUUGGUGUGGAUAUUAAUGAGCAGGGUUUUACCCAUGAUGGUGAUUUUCCCAGAGUCGACCCAAACGAGGUGCCACUUCACCUGCAGUCGCCGGCCCAAUUUUAUCCGGGACUGCCCGGUUGCCUAGUGGGACUGGACAGUAUUGAGAUCCACAGAGACUCCACUAUCGAGGAACUAAAGGCCCUAAUUCUCACAUUGCCCGCUCUGGGUGGUGCGGUGAUCCCUACACUCGACUUCCUCCUCCGCGUCAGAGAAAUGGUGAACGGACGAUUAGGAAAGGUUUUCAAGAACCCACAACAGACACUUCGGAGGAACAAAAUGGAGACCGGAUCACACGUCUGUGUCACCGUUCUGGAGCAGGAGGAAACCCUCCCUGCUACAGCCAUUGUAGUCCAUAUUCAAGCCAGAACACCUGGUAGAAGGUCUUACGGACCUGCUGCUGAGGUGAUAUAUGAUUGCAACCGUUCUACUAAGCCCGCUGAACUGGUUAAACUGGUCUCUCGUCUUGUUCAAAUCGACGUAUCUCAUCUGAGGGUAGCGAAACACAAACUCGAAUCGUUCGAGUGGAUCGUAUUACAGGAGAACUAUAACAAAGAGAGUAGGAAGAAGAAGAAAUCUAAAAGUACAGCUGCAAAUAUCAAAAACUCGCCGAUUUGUCUCCGUGAUGGAGACACACUUGGACUGAAAAAUCUACAGUAUGAUCCAGAGGACGCAGACGAUUUCUCGACCGAGAGCGACGAUAGAGGGAAGGAGAUACUGACAGCCGUUCAGGAGGAAAAGAGAAGAAAACGAAAAUUAAAGUCCACGGACCUACUUGAUGAAAGGGGCGGGGCUAAUCAGCGACCUCGUAGAACUGAAGUCGGAAUCAAAAUCUUUGUUCCCGACUACAAGAGAAGCUCAUGAUGUAAUUUGGAAUCCUAAUUUAUAUUGUAUAUACCUACGUAAUAUCGCUGGUGCCAUUGAGCAUCAUGCAAUUGAUAUUAUGGAGAAUUUACACACUUUGUGAUCGCACCACUUGUGGUUGUAUAUAUAUAUAUACACACAUUGUGAACAUUAGUACAUACACGCUCACAAAGUGAUAAGAAUUAUUGAGUGAAAUCUGAAAGACAUGUCUAACUAUUACGACGACGACGCUAAUAUGUACAUGAAUGGAUAAAGGUUUUUUGAUGAAAACAGCUGUAACGGCUCUGAAUUCUACAUCUAUGCUGAAACUAACACACAGUACACUAACACACACGUACACACUCGGUCGUUGUGGGAUAUCGGUUAUAAAAUCAUGUGAGAGGGACUGUAUAUAAAUUGUAAAUCUGGGCUGAUCUUCACACAGAUGAACAAAAAGGUGGUACAGUAUUAGCUGUGGUGGUUGAGCUUACAUACGUAACUAUGCACACACAUGUGAGAGAAUUUUUGGGGGUGAAAAGAGGGAACGUGAGAACGUGGGAGAAUGGGAAUCAGACACAGAUGGAAUGGGAAUGGAAUGGAAGUCAUUUUGCCGGCAGAAUAUCACACGCACACACACACACACACACACGCAGAGACAUGUUCACACACACGGAAGAGAAAUGAUGGGACAUGCACGCAAAGUGAAAAUCAACAGUUUGCAUCACACACACACACACACACACACACACGAAACACUUGCACACAAUCUGAAAGUGAAACCAUAGAGUCUCGUGUUUGCUGCAGACACGAACGGCACAAAUG